UCUGUGGGCGGGACUAUCCGGACGUUUCCUCAUGUAUCAUCAUCAUCAUCAUCAGCCCAUGGACUGACUUGUUUGUUGUCGAGCAAGAUGGAGUUCCUUUUGGGAAAUCCUUACAGUACCCCGGUGGGGCACUGCAUUGAGAGAGCCACUGAUGGCUCCCUGCAAAGUGAAGAUUGGACCCUCAACAUGGAAAUAUGUGACAUCAUUAAUGAAACAGAGGAUGGGCCCAAAGAUGCCAUUAGAGCAGUGAAGAAGAGGCUGAAUGGCAACAGGAACUAUAGAGAAGUGAUGUUGGCUUUAACGGUCCUGGAAACAUGUGUGAAGAACUGCGGCCAUCGUUUCCACGCGUUAGUCACUAGCAGGGACUUUGUUGAUGGCGUGCUUGUUAAAAUCAUCUCCCCUAAAAACAACCCGCCUACAAUCGUUCAAGAUAAAGUCCUCGCUCUGAUUCAGGCAUGGGCUGAUGCAUUCAGGAGCAGUCCAGACCUCACAGGGGUGGUGCAAAUCUAUGAGGAGCUAAAAAGGAAAGGCAUCGAGUUCCCUAUGUCAGACCUGGAGACCCUGUCACCUAUACACACACCUCAGCGGACUGCAUCUGCUCCAGAGGGCGACUCCACCCUACACAAGUACAGCACCACUACUCAGCCCACACCGCACGCUGUCCCACCAGCCUACAGUGACCCUCAAGUCCCCAACAUUCAUGCCUCUGGAUCCAUCAAUCCUACACCCGAACAAAUUUGCCGGCUGCGCAGCGAGUUGGACAUUGUUCGCGGAAACACUAAGGUGAUGUCAGAGAUGUUGACUGAGAUGGUCCCAGGACAGGAGGAUGCUUCAGACUAUGAGCUACUACAGGAGCUGAACAGGACUUGCAGAGCCAUGCAGCAGAGAAUAGUGGAGCUCAUCUCCUGUGUGUCCAAUGAAGCUGUGACUGAGGAGCUACUGCACGUCAACGAUGACCUCAACAACAUUUUCUUACGUUAUGAAAGGUAUGAGAGGUUUAGGUCUGGGAGGUCUUCAGCUCAGAGUGUCAACAAUGGGGUCCUGAGUGAGGCUACAGAGGACAACCUCAUAGACCUCGGCCCAGGCUCCCCGGCCGUGGUCAGCAACAUGCCGAACGCAGCCCCAACCAGCCUGCCCCCCUCCAUCACAGCCCCUGCAGGAAGACCCUCCUCCCCAGCCACCUUAGCCUCUCGCCUGGCUGGUCUUGACAUGGGUGCAGACAGUGUGAGCAGCACCCUGAGCGCUCUGUCCAGCUGUAAGCCUCCUCCUGCUCAGGACGACUUUGAUGUGUUCGCUCAGACCAGAACUGGAGCGGUGCCUGAACCAUGCAAGAUUACCACUGCAGAAGACAGCCGUGCUGCUGGCAGCCUUCCUCCUACUCUGGAUGUCGUACAGCCGACUGCAGGAGCGGGUGUCGGCGGCCAGUCCUCUGUCAUGGAUGACAUAGAGGAGUGGCUGUGUACUGAUGUGAAAGGAGAUGAAGGAGAGGAAGGUGUGACAAGUGAAGAGUUCGACAAGUUCCUCGAGGAGAGAGCCAAAGCUGCAGAGAUGGCCCCUAGCCUACCGUCGCCCCCCAGUGGCGACCCUGGUGUGGCGCAGGGAACCCCCAGCCGCAAGAAGCCAGACAGGCCAGAGGACACUUUGUUUGCCAUGUAGACCUUUCACCUUUGACCCUUGAUUCCCCCCCGCCCUCUACAGGCCUAAGACCCGACCAGCUGAGCAGCAUCACCCGAAGACAGACUGACCUGACACUAAAACACACCCACCUCCGUUUUCUGAUUCACCGCGACACAGUUCACUUACACUACAGAGAUUUGUACAUGCUAUGUGAAGAAAAAAAGGGAAUUAUUCACGCUCUACGUUAAUUUCUCAUUAGAAAAGGAAACCCAAACAAAUGGGCUAUUUUGAUACGCCACCAGACGAUGGAUCUCACCCUCAUGAUGACCAGUAUCAGAGGCAAUGAGGCAGCCUGCUUAUUCCUUCUUCUCCCUCCGCCUGCUGUGGACUGCAGAGCUUCAUGUUGCAGCUAAUCCUGAUAAUAAGACGUAGAGUUUUAUAAAAAAAAAUAAGUAGGAAAUCCAUUUCCUGGCCGAGCCCUCAAAGCAUGCAUUAGAGCCACUAAACUAAGUUUUUACAAUUUAAAGAACCCCCAACCGAAAUAUCAUGGUUGUUACUGCAGAAAUUGCUGUUUAAAGGAUAUCAUUUUGAUGUUUGUAUCAGUCCCUUUGCAAGUCAGUCUGAGUUGAAUUGUAAAUCUGUAAAUGACAAAUGUCAGGUUUAUUAGUUGUGUGUAUAUUUAAGCUACAAUAUGUAUGAAAGAGAUGUUGAUUUAAUGUAGACUUUUUUGAAAAAGGUUUAUGUUUGCAGCUGCUCUGACAAUAGGGAUGUACCUCACUGGGGUCAGCUUUUCCACUAGAAAAGGGAAUAGUAUCAUUAGGUCGAUCAUUUACAAACUAAUCAGAGAGAUGAAGAAGGGAAUUUCGUUUUUGUAAUUGGCAUAAAUGUGCACCAUACGAACAAAUGUGUCCUUAUACCUUCCUCUAAAUCCGUCUCCUCGUGUUGUAGAUUUCUCUUUUACAGAUUGAACCGCAGUUGUUUGAAGUGUUGGUCACAACAGAUUUAUUGAGAUUAUCUUGCUGAGAUUUUAUUAGCCUAAAGCUGCUGUAGUUGGUCUUACGUCCACCUGCUGAAUAAUAUUAUUUUUUUGUAUGUAAUUAUCUGUACGCUGGAUACAAAGAUAUUUUUGUGUCAUUGAGUGCUUUGCCAGGGAGUGGUAAUGUUAUUUAAAACAGAAAUCCAGUCAGAGUUGCUGGUAGCUGAAGAGACACAUGCUGUUAUUGGUGUUUUUCUCAUUCACUGUAGGUUUUAGCUCUUUUUUGAGUAGAUGAUACUGUAUGUUUUCUGUUCGAAAAUUCAGUUUAGAGGACCAAAUCUGUGCUUUCUUCUGGAUGUGGAAGGAAAAUUCUGGAUAACUGCUCAUUACAUAGUCCGGUUCUCUCUUUAACCCAGAACUCAGAGCUUUCUAUCCAGAGAUAUAACGAGUUCAGUAUCACACUACAAAAGCUGUUUGCACAUUUUUUUUUGUGCAUUUUUCCUUUAUUUCUUUGACAACUUAAAAGGCCUGACCUUUCAACACGACAUUUGUUUUCAGAAAUGAGCUUGCUGCAGACCGAGCGCUACAAAUGAGACAUUUUACUCUUUUCACAAUAAUAAAUGCAACAUGUUACACAAUCACAACAAGCUUAAAACAAGCGUGCACUUUGACAGUCGCGUUACCUUUCAACUUGUACUGUAAAUCAGCUAACACUUAACCAGAUGUAAGUAAUGAGUAACAUCUGGAAACAGAAAUAAUUUAUUCAGCACUAUUUUUUUUUUUUCAGAUCAGUAUUUUAAAUCAUUUAAUUGUAGAAAAGGCAAAUGGGAAACUGAAAUGCUUAUGGAGAGUGUGAGAAAUUGUCAUAAUGAUGUGUCUUUUAGUGUUUUUGGUUUUUAUACAUCGCUGCUGGCUAAUGUAUCUUCUUUGUCAUGCUCAUUGGUUUAGUGGGUAUUCCUGUUGGUUGAAUAUGCCCAUACAGUAAACAUGUGUACAUGGUUUAAAGGGGCAGAUCAUCACUGAUUUGUAGCUGUAAGAGAAUCACACCAGUCAUCCCAUUUAUCUCAUGAUCUUAACAUAUUUUUAAUCAGUUCACUUGUGAUCUUACGGGCAGACUGGCAGAAGACAAAAACAGACCUACUUACCUGGGACUCUUUCGACAAAGCAUCAACAUUGCACAUUUUUGAAAGGGAAACUUCCUUUCUCCUUCUGUUUUCUUGUUUUAGUGUAAAACGUGUGUGUGUGUGAGUGUGUGUGUGUGUGUGAGCUGUUCUGUAAUGCAGAAACAUUUUAUCUUAGUUGGGAAAAAAAAGAGAAUCCUCCAAGUGUGUGUUUUUAAAGAAAAUGUGUUGUCACUAUCCUGUUUGAUACCGCCCUGGUUUAUUUCAGUGUGAGCUCUGUCAGUGAUUUGUAACUGAAUCUCAGCCUGCUGAUAACUUUGCCAGAGAGUCAUCUCAGACCUGUUUUGCAGAGGAACAAUGCGUUUCUUUGUAUGUCACUGGAUAAUAUAAAAAGAGAUGCUGAUAAGGGAGGCUAUGCUGUGUGACUGCUACUUUCCUGAGUUGCCUCAUCUCUCAUUUCUCUUUGUGUUGUUUGACUUAUGCAUGAACUCUAAUAAAACAUUAGCAGCGUGUGAUCAGCA